AUGAUCAACUCUAAUGCACCAAUGCCAUGGAUAGGUCUAUACGCUGCUGUAGCAUCUCUAAUAUGGACUCUUGCACUUUUGGCUGAUGCAGCGAUCUCCAUCCGCUAUAGAAAAUUAUGGUUCCCCUGCAAAUAUUCUGCUCUCAAUGCUGCUUCCUUGACUGUGUUAGCCAUUGCAGUGAAGUUGUCAAUGGAUCUAACUACCCCGAUGAAAGGCAGGCCCGAUCAAGCCGCUAAAAGUAGUAGCACUGCUUUCUUGUGUGUUUCAACCACUCAUUUCAUGCCUUCUCUGGGAUCCAUGAGGGAUAGAGAAAUAUUAGUGAACUUGACAGCAUUGGGUAUCCUUAUAGUGACGCUUACCGUAAAUGUUUUCAUCCAAGAAUUCACAGGCAUGAUUGAAGAUGAUUUCCAAGUGGUGAUUGUCUUUAUGAAUGUUUAUGCGUUCAUUGUAUUGAGUUCUUCUGCUUUAUCGGUAUUUACAAGUAAAAGGUAUUUGGAACAUAAGUACAACGAAUUGAGUACAAGAAUUUCGGCAGAGGAACUAUAUGGAGAUGAAUUAAUGGACUUUGACAAGUUAAAGUCACGCGUGAAGAAGUAUUGGGUGAUGGCAGAAACAGGUAACCCUCAGUUUGUGAUGGCACGAUCUGAGGCCAGUGGUGUUUUAUUCAUGAUCUGCGUCAUUAGCAAUACUUUUUAUGGAUCAGUAUUGCUAACAAACAAUGAGCCAGAAAUUGCUUCCGAUUAUAAAUGGCAAUCUGAGGCCUCGGUCAAUCCCAAUGAAGCGGAACACAUGCUUGGUUAUGAGCAAGAUCUUAGAAAUUUUGUUUUACUUCUAGAAAGUGAGGCAAUACAAGAUGGAUACCUGAUGUUCAUUAACACAUCUAUUAAUUCAUCCAUAAAGAUGGGUGCAAAGCAUCAGCCUAGAUAUCUAAUGGAACUUAUGGAGAAUUCCACCAGCUUCGAGGGUGUAUUAAAAUUUGAAAGUGAUCGAGUCUCUCCGAUUAUUUGCACAGAACCUCUUAAUUGCUGGAGUCUAUCCGUGGCAACACUAACAAGCAUCAUGAUUGCUCUUCCCAACGUACAAAAUGAGAAGAGGAAUCAGUUGUUAAAAAGCGUCAUUGAAGGUUUUAAGUAUGUGCGCCUUAUAGAGAAAAAUCUGGAUGUUCAUAAAAAAUUGGUGAGCAGCACGACUGCUGCAGAGUUUGCAUGGGUUGUAGUUGAAUUGAGACACAAGUGGUUAGACAUGGACCUCCAAAAAAUUGCGAGCGUAUCAAAAUCCUCCAAAGAAACUCUUCAGAAUCUGGCAAAUAAAAGCGAAGAAAUUUUGAAGGAAUUCACGAGUAGAAUGAAUGGAAAUGCUACGGAAAGCUCAGUUAACUUGCCUGGAAAUGUCAUAAUUGCUAAUUCAAUGUACAAAAUAAGCAACAGUUUGCUGUUGGUCUAUGAGGAAAGCUAUCAUUCAGCAUCAGAUACUCGAGUGUUUAAAAGAUUGUCUGUUAUCCUUGCAGAUAUAUUAGCAGCAUGCCUGACAAAUUUACCUCAUUUUAUACUCAAGAAAUGCCACAAUAGCGCCAUAGAAGAACGGGAGAAAAGUAUACGGGAAGCAACUCACCUUUUGGGAGAAACUCAAGGCAUUCUGAAAGCUCUUCUGAAGCGUGAAAUUCCUAAUCUAUCACCCGAACAUUCAAUUUACAUUGACGAAUGGCGUACUUUACUCAAACACACUAACCAUGGUAUUUCGGACUCAACUCCUAGCAGUGAGAGUAUUGUUACGGCUUCAAGUGGUGAGUUGCAUUUGGAUAUACAAGAACUCCGUGCAAGUGCUACAGCAGGAGUCUUGGAAAUUGAUGAAGGCAAUGCGAAGUCUCAUGUGAGCGGGAAAGUGGAAGAGUCAGGAGACAAAAAAGAGAACAACCAAGCAUAA